AUGAAAACUCCAAUACAAAUGAACAGUAUUAACAUUGGCAUAACUGAUUGUGCACGUUAUACAAAUUAUGAACGAUGGUUUCUCGAUGCACCGAUCAAAGUUGAUGUUAUUCGUCUUUCGUAUAAUUUAAAUAAUAUUGAUGAUAUUGAUAAAUGUCAUGGUAUUGUUUUAUCUGGUGGUGAAGAUGUUGAUCCACGUCGAUAUAAAAGACCAGAUCUUCUUGGUCAAGUAGAAUUUACUGAUAUUGAUGAAAAACGUGAUGAAUUUGAAUGGGAAGUUAUUGAACGAGCAUUAAAACUUCAAUUACCUAUAUUAGCUAUAUGUCGUGGUAUGCAAUUAUUUAAUGUUUAUCAAGGUGGUACAUUGAUUUUUGAUAUUCCAAAAGUUACAAAUAUUAACGGACAUGCAAAAAUACAAGGUAUGGAUCAACGUCAUGAAGUGAAUGUUGUAGAAGAAUCUCUUCUUAAUAAAAUAACCGGUUGUGUAAAAGGUGCUGUUAAUUCUUCACAUCAUCAAUGUGUUGAAACACUUGGCAAAAAUUUAUCAAUAGCAGCAAUAGCUGAAGAUCCAAUUGUUGAAGCAGUACAAUACGAAAAUACACAGGAAUAUCCAUUUUAUUUAGGCGUACAAUGGCAUCCUGAACGAAUGGUUGAUCAAGAUAGUCCAUUUUCAUAUAAUAUUCGUCAAGCAUUUCUUGAUUAUAUUACUGAACGUGAAAAAUCAAUGGCAAAAAUACAGUCAACAGAAGAAGAUGAUACAUCAGAAAAUAUAUCAAAUCAUGAAUAA